AUGCCUGAGGACUGUGUACAAAGGAUCAUCAAGGUAGGAAAGAAAAGUCUACCAUCUGUUCUAACCAGAGGAAUGGAGAUAGAUGUCAAUUCUGCCAUAAUCACUGAAGAUGAUUGGAGAAGUCUCGUCAUAAAUUACUUGCAGUAUCCAACCCUGCCUUCUAAGAAGAGAGUCAGAAUCAUGGCUUUGAACUACCUUAUGUGGAAUGGAGAUUUGGUCCGAAAAAGCAAAGAUGAGGUACUUCUGAGGUGCCUAAGGAAGAAAGAAUGCAUGAAGGUAAUGGGAGAAACCCAUGAAGGAAUCUGUGGAGCUCAUCAAGGAGGAAGAAAAAUGUGCUGGUUAAUUAGAAGGUAUGGCUACUUCUGGCCAACCAUGAUGAAAGAUUGCAUUGAGUAUUCCAAGGGAUGUGAGGCUUGUCAAAGGCAUGGCCCAAUCCAACAGGCUCCUUCAGUUCCCAUGAAUCCAGUAGUACAGCCAUGGCCAUUCAGAGGAUGGGCAAUGGAUCUCAUUGGCAAGAUUUAUCCAGCCAGUAGCAAGCAACAUUGUUUUGUCAUUGUAGCUACAGACUAUUUCACCAAAUAG